AUGCUCCAGUUCCUGCUUGGAUUUACUUUUGGCAACUUGGUUGGAAUGUUUCUGGCUCAGAAUUAUGACAUACCAAACUUGGCUUAAAAACUUGAAGAAAUUAAAAAGGACUUGAAUGCCAAGAAGAAACCACCUAGUUCAUGAGGCCAGUUCCAGCACUGCCUCCAGGAAAUCCUGACUCUACUCUUCUCCAGGGCCUCCAUUACAUCUGAACCAAAAACUUCUGUCUUGUCUCCUCUGCCUCAGCCUUUGCCAGACCCUGCAUUGCUUAGAGCCCAAAUGGGGCCACAAGUUAAGAACUGUCCUUACUUUUCCAACAUCCUCACCUCCUCCCUUCCUCCUUCCAGCUGCUUGGGAGGGCCUAAAACCGGAAUUAUGGUGCUAGAUUAGUAAAUGUGAUCUUUAAUUAGUGGUCUCUCCCUUAUUCUUUGUGAUUUCUACUGCCUUUUUUUUUUUUAAUUAUUGAUUUCAGAUUGAGGAAAGGA